AUGCCCGAAUUCAUACCGCCUGUGUCUGGUAUAAAUGCCAACUUGCUGGAUCUUAAAACAAUCCGUCAAUCGGCGCUUGAUGAACUUAUCGAUAUAUUUGCCAGCAUAUCUGUUCCCGUCUCCGAAUCCUCUUCAUCGGGACAUCUCCUUUUACUAGAUGAGUCUCUAAGUUCUAGAAUCAACUCUCUAACAUCCUUUUCGAGACUUCGAGAGUCUACAGGAAUCUCUAAAGUUAUCUGGCUUGACUAUAAGGAUACUCAUCAUUAUGAUUAUUCUUUUCUUACAGGGCAGUUUCACAGUUUUGUCGUGAUGCUUGAUCUUGUAAGCCUUGACGAUCUGAUUGGUUUGGCACACUUUCUAAAAGAAAAAAUGACAAUCUUUAAUCAGGGUAAUCUUGCUGUUAGUGUCAUUUUUGUUGACUCCAAUAAACAACAAUGCUCCCAGUUUCUGUUGGAAACACAAGGCGUUUGGGGUGAUUUGCAAAACGUCUAUCAUUGGACUUUGGGUAAACUGAAUGUUAUAGACGAUGAUAUACUCACCCUAGAUUUAAAGCAUGGUGGACUUGAUAAACUUCUCAAAUAUGAAUCCAUAGAACCAAUCGAAUCCUUGGCGAAAGCGUUGCUACAGAUGGUAAUCAAGUCCAAUUAUAAAAUCCGCAUCACAAAUAUCUAUUUAAAGGGUGAUUGGUCCGUAAAGUUCUGGAAGAUAUACCAGAGGCUAUAUAAUGAGCAUCUUGCUCAUCUACCGGCAAAUAUUACAAAGCUUAUUGAUGAUCAGGAUGAAACUUUGUUUUCAGAUCAAUUCUCCUUUUUCAACCGAAACGUGGAUUUGGUAUGUCUAGACAGAGGGGUUGAUAUCAUGAGUUGUUUAAUGACUCAAUUAUCAUAUACUGGACUUUGCGACGAGGUUCUGGGAACUGCUUUGGGAAUUUUGAAAUACAAAGAGGAUGAUAAAGAGCUCAACAAGAAUGGACAUGCCGAGGCUGAUGACGUCGAUAAGGGUUUAACUACUGUUGUUCUCGGAGAUCCAACUGAUGAGAUUUAUCCUUCCAUAAGAGAUCUCAAUAUCUCCAUGGUUGGAUCUGUACUUAACGCCAGGGCCAAGCAAUUGCAAUCUGACUAUGAUAAAAGAAAGAGCUUAAAGGACAUUGACGAAAUAAAGCAGUUUAUGGGAGGAUUAAACCAGCUAAAGACAUUACAAACUUGGGUUCAGAGACAUACUUCUCUAGCAGAACGUAUUGUAUCCACUUUGAAGCCUGUGCAGCCUGGCAGCCAAGUUGACUCACUCCUUGCGGAGGACGACCUUGUAGAUACCCCUUCUUAUGGUUAUUACAACGAGUUCAUUGAGCUUCAACAGGAUAUUAUAGCCGAUAAUUUUGAUAGCAAGAAUAACUGCACCAAGAUUCUUGAUAUCCUUUACAAGUAUGAACCAUCCAUUGAGGAUAUAAUGAAACUACUAAUCAUGACAAGCAUAGUGAAAAAGGGAGUUAGAGAGUCUGAGUAUAACACGUUGAAAAAUUCAAUACUUAAUAUGUACGGAAUUCAGUACAUGCCUCUCUUUAUCAAACUUCGAGAGCUCAAGUUUUUCUAUCCACGUGAAGCCCAGUUGAAUUUCCUUUCGACAACAGCACCAGAUGAUCGGGACUUUGGAAAGUAUCAACUUAUCAAAGAUUUCGCUUCGGUAGCUAACAGUAUGAAUCUCCUACCAAUUGUGAAAGAUCAAAAUUUGUUGAAUCCUGCUGAGGCCGAUUUUGCUUUGCCUGGCUAUGUUCCAUUGAUAACGAGACUAGUUCAAGCUGUAUAUGAUCGAGGUUUCACUAAAGGGGCUGCCUCUGGAAGGCAUGCUCAGCCACAGCAGCAACAGGAUCGACAAAGUCUGACACGAUAUAAGAAGUAUGGAUGGGAUAAUUUGAGUAUGAGUGAUUUGAAUGGCGAGGUUUAUCAAGAUUUGUUGGUUCCUGAAAGCAAAAGAAGCCUAUUUUCCACUUUAAUACCUCCUAAGAUGUCACAACUAAAAAACUACUACUCUCAACGCAAAGAUAUGAUUAUUGUCUCAGUAAUAGGGGGCCUCACUUACAGUGAGAUUGCUACGCUCAGAUAUGUCCUAUCGAAAAAUGAAGUCACCCGAAGUAAACAGGUGGUGAUUCUCGUCACCGGUAUUAUUAAAGGUGACGAUUUAGUGGACGCGUUGAUGUAA